CAUAUUUCGUGCACUCACUUCACGUCUUCACUAUCAUCGAAGCCGGAGUCUUCAUGUACUGAUUUGUGGAAAAAAAUUCGUGAAAGUAAUAUAAAAUGACUCCAAUAUCCGAUUCGUUUGUGGAAAAUUCUACAGUAAACAACGUAAAAGAUCCUCGCUGGUUACAAGUUGAAGUUUGCCGAGAAUUUCAGCGGGGAAAAUGUACAAGAGAAGUAUCCGAAUGUAGAUUUGCACAUCCAGACGAAAAUGUACAAGUUGAAAAUGGGGGCAGAGUUACAGCUUGUUUUGAUUCAAUGAAGGAUCGUUGUCAAAGAGAAUCUUGCAAAUACUUUCAUCCACCACAUCAUAUUAAACUACAACUUGAGGCAAAUGGUCGACUUUUGAAACAACAUAAACAGCAACUUCAAGCAAUAGCAUCUCAAAAUCUGUUACAAACACCUGCUACAGUGCUUCCUUUGAAUGCAUUGCAAGGUUCUGGUGUGAGUGCCUUGCCUUUAACAUUUGUCUCAAGCCCUGUGUUAACAUCGUCGUCACCUCGAAAUGCACCUGCUGUUGCAACGACAAAUUCCAACUGGAGAACUGAGAAAAUUCUUCCUUUUCUUGAGGUUUGCAAUGAUUAUGUAAAUGGUGUUUGUUCAUCAAAUGAAUCCCAAUGUUCGGCAGCUCACCCGCCAUUAGAGCUUCUUCGUGAUCGAAAUCAAAAGCGAAUUACUGUUUGCAUGGAUUUUGUGAAAGGAAGAUGUCAGAGAGAAUCAUGUCGAUACUUUCAUCCACCUUCGCAUUUACAGGGAAAAUUAAAAACAGUGAAAAUUAGUCAAAGUCAACUAAGUGUUAUCCCAUCAAAGUCAAGAAAACGACCAGGGGAAUCAAAAGAUGAUUUGGAGGAGCAAGCAAAACAACAAGCAUUAAAUUACACCUUAAUUAACACUCCUGUGGCUUUACCUGCGGCAAAUUUUGCAACAAAUUUCGCAACAAUAUUUCAACCAUCAGCAUUCCAGCCAACAAAUGCUAUGCAAUUUGCUCCGGCCUUUUUUUCAACUCUACCACUGACUGUUCCUCAACUGACCACAACAACUGCAACCCCCUUUGUUCAUCCACAAGUUCAACCGCUUUCUCUUACUAACAACCAAAAACAAAAUCAACGUCCCAUAUGUCGUGAUUACCAAGUUGGCAAUUGUAGAAGAGAUUCUUGCAGAUUUAUUCAUCUCGAUAACCGGAAUGUAGAGGUCAUUAAUGGACAAGUGACAAUUUGUGUAGACGCAUUGAAGGGAACGUGUAAUAGAACACAGUGCAAGUAUUAUCAUAAACCAGAACAAGUAAAAAAGAUCACAAAAACCAAACAAGAUAAUGGGCAAUUACCAUUGGUUUAAUACCGGAAAUUAUAUAUAUAUAUAUAU